AUGUCCGCCCCUCCUCCGCCUUCUGUAUAUACCGUCUUGUCGGAGAGAGAGAAAGUCUUCACGCUGCUUAUAGCAACCAGUGUGAACUUCCUGGGCCCUGCGUCUGCGAAUAUCUAUUUCCCAGCACUUGGUGAAAUGGCCAAAGAUCUGAACGUGUCUAACAGCCAAAUAAACUUGACCAUCACAUCCUACAUGAUCGUCCAAGGUCUCGUCCCGUUGCUAACGGGCAAUCUAUCGGACCAAAAAGGCUGUCGACCAGUACUCCUAAUGUGCCUCCUCAUCUACCUCGGGGUCAACAUUGGACUGGCUCUUCAAGACAGCUUUGCGGCCCUCAUCACCCUCCGCUGCCUUCAAAGCUUCGGCAGCAGUGGCGCAACCGUGAUCUCGACUGCCACUGUAUCCGACCUCAUCACCCGAGCAGAACGUGGGAAAUACAUGGCCUAUGUCUCUCUGGGGUUCACUCUUGGGCCGGCAUUCCUUGGAUGGAGGAGCAUUUUCUGGUUCCUGGCUAUUCUCGCGGGGGUGAUAAUACUGGUUAUUGCUCCUUUCCUCCGGGAGACUUGUCGCGUGGUUGUGGGGAAUGGCAGCGUGCCUCCCCAGCCAUGGAAUAAACCAAUUUCGCUAGCGUUGGCACAUCGAUCUUCACCACCACCAAGGCCUGAUUAUUCCACUGUUGUGUCAUUAUCAAGCAAGAAGAACUGCCGCUGCUCCACGGUAUUCGGCAUUUUCGAUAGCCUAAAAGUCGUCUUGAACAAACCCGUCGGUGUGCUAAUUCUCUGCAGCACAGUCUUCUUCUGCGGCUUCAUGUCAGUAAUGAGCAGCAUCCCCGCCCUCCUCGAGCAGAAAUACAACUUCAACGCCCUCGAAAUAGGCCUCUGCUACAUCCCCUUCGCAGUCGGCGGCUUUGCAGCCCGCUGGACACAAACCCGCGAACAGUUAGAACAAAUUCCACUGGAAAAGGUGCGGCUAGAGCUUGGCGUACCAUUGGUGUACCUGUCUUGUCUCUCCUUGCUGGGUUAUAGCUGGGUAAUGAACUAUGAUGUGCAUAUUUCGGCGCCGCUGACCAUGCUGUUUCUGUUGGGCAAUACGAUCAUCGGUGCGAAUAAUACGUUUAGUACGUUGAUGAUUGAUCUGCAUGCGUACCGACCUGCGACGGCGAUUGCUGGGAUGAAUAUGUACAAGUUUCUCUGCGGGGCUGGGGCUGUUGCUGCUGUGUUGCCGCUGGUGGGGAUUAUAGGGAUUGGAUGGGUGGGGACUGUUAUUGCUGGGUUGUGGCUUGUUGUUUCCCCUGGGCUAUGGAUGAUAUACUUUUAUGGGCAUGCAUGGAGGAAAAGUUUACAAAGUGAACAGGCUUAA